CCCACAAUUCAACGCGUGCAUUCUCUGAUAAAUCUAAAAAAAUCUUGCUGGUCGAGAGAAAAUGUGUGUUUUCGUGGAGCAUAUGUUAUUAGACCACUAGAAACGUGUUUUGACUGAACGCUAGGAGAGAAAAGGGGAAUAUGCAGGCUGAGGAUGCAAGAUAUUUGAAGAGGAAGGUGAAAGGAGGUAGUAUCGAUGUUCACCCGACUGAAAAGGCCCUUGUUGUCAAUUAUGAGCUGGAAGCAACCAUCUUGGGUGAGAUGGGGGACCCCAUGCUUGGGGAAAGAAAAGAAUGCCAAAAGAUAAUUCGACUGAGAAGUUUAAAUUCCACCACAGAUAUAGCUGCCCUUGCAAGGGAAGUUGUUGAGAAAUGCAAGCUCAUCCACCCAUCCAAACUGCCAGAAGUAGAACAACUCCUAUAUUACCUUCAGAAUAGGAAGGAAACAACACAAAAAGCUGGUGCUAAGAAGGGAGAACUCACAGGUAAAUUGAAGGAUCCCCCACCAUAUGAAGGCACAGAGUUGAAUGAGGUUGCCAACAUCAACGACAUAGAGGAUUACAUUGAGCUGCUCUACGAAGACAAUCCUGAGAAGGUCAGAGGAACAGCUCUUCUUCUACAGCUGGCAAGAAACCCAGACAACUUAGAAGAACUCCAGUCAAAUGAAACUGUGCUUGGUGCACUUGCCAGGGUCCUGCGUGAAGAAUGGAAGCACAGCGUGGAGCUCGCCACCAACAUCAUCUACAUCUUCUUCUGCUUCUCCAGCUUCAGUCAGUUCCACAGCAUCGUGGCUCACUUCAAGAUUGGCGCCCUUGUCAUGGGUGUGGUCGAGCACGAGCUCAAGAAGCAUGUUUCUUGGAACGAGGAACUCGUCAAGAAGAAGAAGGCUGCUGAUGAAAACCCAGCCAGCAAGAGAGACUAUGAAAAGAGCACCAAGAAAUAUCAUGGGCUCUUGAAGAAACAAGAACAACUCUUAAGAGUAUCUUUCUACCUGUUACUCAACCUGUCAGAGGACCCGAAGGUGGAGAUGAAGAUGAAGAAUAAGAACAUCAUCCGUCUCCUCAUCAAGACAUUGGAGAGGGAUAAUGCUGAGCUUCUCAUCCUAGUUGUCUCUUUCCUCAAGAAACUUAGCAUUUAUGUGGAGAACAAGAAUGAAAUGGCUGAACAACAAAUCAUUGAGAAGUUAGCAAAGCUGGUACCAUGUGACCAUGAGGAUCUCCUGAACAUCACAUUGAGAUUACUACUCAACCUUUCAUUUGAUACUGAUUUAAGAGGGAAGAUGAUCAAACUGGGAAUGCUACCAAAGUUUGUGGAACUUCUAGCCAAUGACAAUCAUAAAUUAGUGGUAUUAUGUGUGCUGUACCAUGUAAGUCAAGAUGACAAGGCCAAGUCAAUGUUCACAUAUACAGAUUGUAUACCUAUGAUAAUGAAGAUGAUGCUAGAAUCACCCACCGACAGACUUGAGAUUGAGCUGGUAGCCCUCGGGAUCAACCUGGCCUGUAACAAACACAACGCACAGCUCAUCUGUGAGGGGAAUGGUCUCAGGUUACUAAUGAGAAGAGCUCUAAAGUUUAGAGAUCCAUUGCUACUCAAGAUGAUCAGAAAUAUAUCGCAGCAUGAUGGACCAUCAAAAACACAAUUUAUUGAAUACAUCUCUGAUGUUGCCCGUAUCAUCAAGGAGUCUAAUGAUGAGGAGCUAGUUGUUGAAGCUCUGGGUAUCAUGGCUAAUCUUACUAUCCCAGACCUAGACUAUGAGAUGAUCAUCAAUGAAUUUGGUCUUGUCCCCUGGAUCAAAGAAAAAUUAGAACCAGGAGCAGCUGAAGAUGAUCUUGUACUUGAGGUGGUGAUGUUGGUGGGUACUGUGGCAACGGAUGACUCCUGUGCGGCCAUGUUAGCCAAGUCUGGCAUCAUUCAAUCUCUGAUUGAACUUCUUAAUGCAAAGCAAGAGGAUGAUGAGAUUGUUUGUCAGAUAGUGUAUGUCUUCUAUCAGAUGGUAUUCCAUGAAGCUACGAGAGAAGUCAUCAUUAAACUUACACAGGCCCCAGCCUACCUGAUUGAUCUGAUGCAUGAUAAGAAUGCUGAGAUCAGGAAAGUCUGUGAUAACACUCUGGAUAUCAUAUCGGAGUUCGACGAAGAGUGGGCCCGGAAGAUCAAGCUGGAGAAGUUCCGAUGGCACAACUCCCAGUGGCUCGAGAUGGUGGAAUCCCAGCAGAUAGACGAUGGUGAAGGGCUCAUGUACGGAGAUGAGAGUUACAGCCCUUACAUCCAGGAAUCGGACAUCUUGGAUAGGCCAGAUCUCUUCUAUGGACAACCAGGAUAUGAAGAUGGAGAGAUGUAUGAUGGUGUGGUAACUCCGGAGUAUGUAGAUGAAUAUGGCAAUGUACAGAAUGGAGAGUACAUGGGUAGACCUCCUAGUGCCAUGUAUGGUAACAGAUAUCAAUCAGAGUAUGAAUCCUUUAGGCCUGGUUCAAGGGUGGCAUACCUUACUGAAGAUGGCCAACCUUUAGAUGAGUAUGGCAAUCCCAUCGAUGUCUACGCUGAAUCGGUAGAUCAGUAUGGACGGCCUGUAACACCCACAUACCAGUAUGGCUCGCAGGUGCAGCAAGGGUCUGGAUACCCGUACUGAUGAUGUUCGAUUUCUACCGUCACCACUGAUGCAUAACAAAUGGACACGUCUUUUGCUCUCUAUGGGCCAAUAUGGCUGCAGGUGGUACACUGUCGGUAGUAUGCUGAUGUUGUCAUGAUUGAUUUUGAUGUUUGAUAUUGGACCGACUGCUCUGGCGACCAAAGAGCUCUUCCCAUCAGGUUUAGAAAUAAAGCUGCAUGUGAGUGUACCAACAUGGCUGCACAAAAGAUAUGAUCCAGAAAAACUCUAUGAAGAGCAGCUGUCGUGAUCAACAUGGUUGAAUUUGGCAAAAUUUUCUGCUGUAGGUGUGAAAACAUGGCCACCUAUUCUGCCGUACUUGGAAAAAAGGAAGCAUGUUACAAAAGUAUCACUUGUUGGAAAUGAGCAAUGUGUGUUUGUCAUUUACGUAGGCAUCGAUGCAAUUUAACAGCAUGUUUUCUUCAAUAUCUUUCCAUAGAACGAUAAUUUCUUACCCAAGUUUUGCCUGAAUGUGCAAGAUACAAAGGGUGUUUCAGAAACAACAAUAUCUCAAAUUUGACUGAUGUGUCACUUGCUUCCUUUUGCCAAAGUUGGGCAGUAUUGGUGUACCAAGUUAGAUGGACAUCCCCAAUUUUAAGAAGUGGUAUGGCAAUUGACACCUGUGAUUCCCAUAAGUGGACAGAUUUCCUAUUAUCACCAGGAAACCUUGAUAAAAGUCUAAGCCAAGUUUAGCCACAGCGUUUUAGGGAUUAUCCUGCUUAGUAUGUUCACCAUCCUAUCGUCUUCAUUCCUGCAUGGAGCAAGCAGUAGGAGAUCAGGGCGGCCGCUGUUAAAUCCUUCUUGAUAUGAAGCGGUAGUUUUGAUAAGUUUCCUGAUAUUCUUACCAACAUGGCUGCUCCUGGGUAAUGGGUAUGCCAACUGGAAUGGACAGCUGCAAUUAUCAUUAAUGUCAUAUAAUUUUGUGAUUAACACCUGUUUAUCUUAGCAACUUGACACACUUCCUGCUCCAGGAGCAAUUAUGAUUGGCAUUGAUAACAUGGAUGCCAGUAGGUAUACCAAUAUGGCUGCUAAUGGAUGUACCAAAAUGGCUGCCAAUGGGUGUAUGCCCUCACAAAUUCUGUAGGCAAUUAACCUUAAUUUACCCUGUAUUCAUCUACCUCUGGUGAUCACAAAAAUUGACAAGGAUCUGGGCAGCGGCAACGAAGUGCAUGUCCAGCGCCUUGUAUUCUGAUUUCCAGUUUAAUUUAAACUCCGGUGUAAAGUAUAUUAUUGAACUACAGAUAGCAAAUUGUGACACAUAGCUCUAACAGUACAGAUUCAGUUUUAUCAGGUCAUUUCAGGUCACUUGAAUCAUUCGUAGCUUUCUGGGAAUGAUAAUUUGAAAAUGGUUUUCUUCUUCAUUAAAGCAAUGGGAAUGAACACUGGAAACAUACAAGGUAAACAAAAUUUUGACAUUUUCAGGUUCUCAUUUUUCGCCCACACAAUUAGAACAUGGUCUAACUGAAACUGGACUUCAGUAUAAAGACCAGUGAGUUAGACCUGUUCUCAUUACCAUACUAAAACUAGUUUACCGGAAACUAGUUUAGUGGAAACUAGUUUAACAUGUUAUGAGAAUGGUCGAAGCGGUCUUGGAAGCAAUCUUC